AUGCUGCAAAUCGUUGACGACGAAAACUAUGGUAUAGUUAUUGAUUCGGGAUCUUCAGGGUCUAGGAUACAGAUUUACAAGUGGACGAAUCCCAAGUCGCAGUCAAAGUCCACUGAUCCAGAGAUACUUCUGUCUCCACCCAAGAUUUCACUACAUAAAGACUGGACAAAGAAGAUAACACCAGGUAUUUCCACGUUCAGGUCAAAGGACCAAAUUAAGCAGAUAUGGCCCAAUCAUUAUUCGGAGUUGAUGAAAUUUGCUGAGGGCAUUAUACCUACUGAAAACCAUUCUCAAACGCCCGUGUUUGUCUUAAGCACAGCCGGGAUGAGGUUAAUACCGAAAAAGACUAGGAAGAGUAUCUUAGCCGAAACAUGUUCAUCUAUCAGGAAAUAUACAAAUUUUUAUUUGCCCAAUUGUGAGAAUUUUGUGCAGACAAUCGAUGGUUCGACGGAAGGUAUAUAUGGCUGGUUGGGCUUGAACUAUUUGAUGGGUCAGUUUAACAACUACGAUGCCAAAUCAGACAAUCAUGAAUCGAUCGGAUUUAUGGAUAUGGGAGGCGCGUCGACACAAAUUGCUUUUGUUCCGUCUUCGAAGGGCCAAAUUGAAAAGCACAACAAUGAUCUUUCAAAAGUGACGCUACGAAAUAUAAAUGGUGAAACGCAAAAAUGGAAUGUCUUUGUUGAGACAUGGCUUGGAUUUGGUGCUAAUGAAGCACGACGGAGAUUUAUUGAGCUGUUGAUUAAUUUGUCCUUGGUCAAUGACAACGCAGGCAAUAGCAUCAGUGACCCUUGUCUACCACGAACUGCCCAUACAUCUUACAAUCUAGAAGGAAAAUCUUACGAGAUAAUUGGAGCAGGUAAUUACGAAAUGUGUAUCAAAUCUAUUUAUCCGUUAUUGAUGAAGUCCAUACCGUGUGUGGAUGAACCUUGCUUGUUUAAUGGAAUUCAUGGGCCCAAAAUGGAUUUUGAGAAGGACAAGUUUGUUGGGAUAUCUGAGUACUGGUACACCGCCAAUGACAUUUUUCAUAGUGGAGGUGAAUACGAUUACAAAGCUUUCAAUGUUAAAGUGAAAGAGUACUGUGAGAGCCAUUGGAGUACUAUCUUGCUGAAUUGGGAAAAGGGUGACUACUCAAAACUUGAUCCCAAUAAGUUUUUGAAAGAUGCAUGCUUUAAAGCGAGCUGGGUGAUGAAUGUUCUCCACGAAGGAUUUGGGCUUCCCAGAAUUGGAUUUGAGUUGGAUUCCGACAAGGAAAAGGACAAACAGCCAGAUGAUGUCACAGAUAAACAUGUGCCGUUCAAAACAGCUGACUCAGUCGGUGGAGAAGAAUUAUCCUGGACAUUAGGGAAAAUGUUAUUAUUUGCGUCAUCUCAAAUUGAUCCUGCAAAGUCUAAAGAAAAGUUAGAGAUCGGAAUAUACCCUAGCGAGAUCUCCGAAAAACACUUUAUCCCAGGUGGAGCGGUAGGUGAGGUACACCUUUUAGAUUAUGAUAGUGAUGACGAAAGAGAUUCGCCAUUGGGUUUGGCAUUCUAUUCACUUAUAGUCUUUUGCUUUUUCGGCUAUUUAUUAUAUACCUUUGGCUUUGGUCAACUGGGAAGCUGGAAAGGAAAGCUUAGGAGAUUACGAGUCCCCGCUGUGGUUAGACAAAGAAUUGCCUACGUGGGUUCUAAGGUUCCAGGGUUUGAGAAGUUGCUUGGGACAAUUUCGCUGUACGAUCGUAUAGAUCAGGACAUUAAUUUAGAAGAAGGAGCUGGGAUGGGCCCUAACAGCAGUUCGUCACCCUCGUUGCAAGCAGCGGACACUACUUUAGGUGCAUCGGUGUUGCGUACUAGACUGGCAAUCGGGUUGGAUACUGACUUUGACCAAUCGCCAAUUCCACGUUUCAACUCGUCUAGCCCAGUUACAAACACCAGUAACUACAAUUCCAAAAUUAAUGACUUUUUGAACAGACCGUUUGUUGUUCCUAAGAAGAGCUCGUUCUAUCAAGCUUCAGAGAGAAAUAGUAGAGAGUCGCUAUCGAGGAGCUUGAGUAAUUUAUCAUCACACAGAUCAAAGCCAUCCAUAGACUAG